ACUUUCGUUUAUAUGUACUGUAUAUGUAUGUAUACAGUACACUAUACAUAUAUUCAGUAUGUUUUAACAAACAAACUGUGUAAUAACAAACUGUCAAUUUUUAGGAAAUAACAAUGUUUAAACGCAGUAAUAUAGAUCAUAUUUAAGUUGUUCUAUGAUGAAUAAAUUAUGUAAUCAGCAUUUUUGGCUGAAAAGUUAUCGAGGGGGUUUAAAAGUUAUCGAUAAAUAUGUUUGAAGCGUUAAAGGUCAAGUAGAUUGAACUGAUAGACAUGUAAGCCUUAUAAUCUACUAGAUAAUAAAGAGAAGAAUUUAUGAACAAAACGAAAAGACAGAGUUUAUUAUCGAAACAUAAAAUUUCUUUGUACAUAUAUUCUUCGAUCAAACUUCUGUCGUCUGUCGAAGUGAUACGUAAUGUGAUUCGUGCUUUCUGAACAGUAAGUGCUAUGAUUUCAAGUUUUUAUGAAAGAAUUGUCGGUACGUGUUCGACAAUGGUGCCGGACCAGCCAAAAAUCCUCUGUGUCGGAUUAACCUGUAUGGAUAUCGUACAAACCUGCAAGCAAUAUCCCGUGGAAGAUUCUGAUGAAAGAUCUUUGGAAUAUAGAUGGCAAAGAGGAGGCAACGCGUCAAACACUUGCACCGUACUUUCUCAACUGGGAAGCCCUUGUGAAUUUUUUGGUACUCUAAGCGCAGAAGAACAUUUAAGUUUUUUGCAAAAUGACAUGAGGAAACACAAUAUCGAUUUCUCUCAUUGUCCUAUGAUAGAAGAUAUCGGAUGUCCAACAUCUACCGUCAUUUUAAGUUUAACUUCUGGUUCUCGUACAAUUCUUCAUUAUAAUCCAAAUCUUCCAGAAUUAACGCUGAAACAUUUUGAACAGUUACAUUUAGAAGAUUAUAGCUGGAUUCACUUUGAGGGCAGAAAUUUAAACGAGGUUUUAUCUAUGAUGCAAUGCGUGGAAAACUAUAAUAAUAUGUUAAACUAUAGUCAAGACUCUAACAAUAAAGAAGCAGACAUAAGUCAGACACCGAUCACGGUUAGCGUAGAGUUAGAAAAUCCAAAGCAGGAACUACUGGAUUUAUUACCUUACGUCGACGUAGCAUUUAUAUCCAAGGAAUUCGCUCAGAGUAGAGGAUACGAUAAUAUGAGCGAAACAUUGAAGAACAUAAGCGAAGAUGCCAAAUCUGGGGCAACUCUUAUUUGCGCUUGGGCCGAUCGAGGCGCCAUGGCAAGAACUCCGGACAACAUCAUAGUACAAUCUCCUGCAUUUCCACCAGCGAAAGUCGUGGAUACUUUGGGUGCUGGCGAUACUUUCAAUGCGGCCGUGUUGCAUUUCUUAAAUAAAAAUGUAUUGCAAACAGCCGUAACGUUCGGUUGUCAAGUAGCCGGUGCUAAAGUUGGUAUGAAAGGUUACGAUAAAUUGAAUGAAAUUUUUAAAGAUAGAUUAAAGAUAUAACUAAAAUAUAACAUUAAAUUAGGCUAAUAAAUAUUUCAGAAAUUCGGACAAUGAUCAGGGACAUUAUUAUAGGAAUUUUGCAAGAUGUUUUAAAAAAUUGAAUUCGCGAUAGUUCGAAGGAUGUUAUCGUGGAUUGCUUUUAAUCGUUCGCUAGAAAUUGUUUUUAAUCGGAUAACAAUGAUUAUAACAAUGAUUAGUCUUAUUUUCAUAGGCGAAUGUUGUUGUAUGCUUACUGAAUGGAAUAAAAUUCGACCGUGACGAGAAUAAGAAUACGUAGAAAUAUUUGUAUAUUUAUUUAUUAUUACGUUAGAAGAUGAAGACGCAAUACGAAUCGUUACAUAUAAACAUGACGAGAUAUUUUCUCGAUUACAUUUAAAUCAUUAUACAUAGAAUUUUUUUCUCUUACGAUAUA